CUUUCUCUCCGCCUCGGCUGAUCACCCCAUUAAAUUCCAGGCGUGAGGAGCUCGUUUAAUCCACUAACCUUAAAAGUAUUUUUAACUCAGAGGAAUCGCGCAUUGAAAUGGGAAUCGAAAGCAGACGGAGCAUCCAUGACAAUAAGAAAAGUGGUAAUGAAUCUAAGGAUGAAGAGGAAUUAUAUCGGUGUUCAGAAUGUUCUGUUGAUGUUCUUGUACACAAAAAUGGAUUAAAAGAGGAACUAUAUGGAGAUCAUUUAGAGAACUGGAAAAAAAUAAUACAAGAGAGGAGCAAAAAUAAAUCAAGCAUUUAUCCUAACUUGCAUAAUGAAACAACUUUUGUUUGUGCAAAAUGUGAACUAAUAAAAGAAAAUGUACGGCCAGCUGCAAAAACAAGUUACCUUACAACUUGGAAUAUCUCAUAUGUUGUAAUAGUAAUUGGUAUGUUAGCUGUUAUAUUGCGAUUAUAUUUAAAUUCAAAUAAAGGACCCCGAUCGUUUGAUGUUAAUGUGUUUGAACAAUCUGCAUCAGAGAAAAUACUUGAUGAUGAACUUGAUAGUUUAGAAAUGUCAUACAGCCAACAGGAAGAAAAGGUAUGGUAUACAUUGGCAGCUGGGAUAAAAUCUGUAUUAAUAACUGAACCAAAUCAACCUUCAGUAUUUUUAAUGCUCCAUGAUAGUGAAUCUGCUGGAAAAACCGCCAGAUGUCUGGCUCAAGAUGCAAGCAAAUUAGCAACCAAAUAUUUAAUGAGCCAAGUGAAAGAACCAGUGAUGAUUACUGGAGCAGAUCUGAGAACACCACGUCUGAUAGAGGAAUCUGGAAAACUUUUAGUGGAAUUAAACGAUACAGUCCGUGAAAAGGGUGCCUUAAUUGUAACAAAUUUGCAAGAUAUUCCAAUAGAAGUUGCAACAAGUCUUCAUUUUGUAUGUGAUAAAUAUUCACCUUUGGUGGAAAAAGCUGUGUUAUUCUUUACACUUAAAGUGAACAAUUUCUUGACUUCUACACAGAAAACAGCAGAAAAACGAUUGGAGGAAGUAUGGUCUGGUAUGGAAAGUUCUCGACUUAAUGCUCUUAUCACAAGAAUGACAUCAAAUGUCCUCAAAAUUGUUAGUGAUGCUUCAGUCUGUUGAAAAUUUGUUGGUCUUGCAUUAAUUAUACCAUAAAUUUGUAAUUUAAAUAUUUCUAUAUGAUUGUAUCUAUUUUGUGGAAUAUUAGUAAUAAAUUUUUAUACCUCCAACUGAA